GGAGAUUGUGAAUGUGGAUUACGACACGAAGAUGAAUCAGUGUGCAGAGUCUCUACCCUAAUGUAGGUGACAGAGAAUUAAGUGUCGUUUCUCAUCUACUACGCAUAGCAAGACGACACGUGACCGCUGAGAUGCUGGCGUGCAUGUUUUGGCUUCAUUAUUCAAGUCUCAUCGUAACCCAUCCUUUCUUGCGGUUUUAGGGUGUUUACAGAGAGAGAACAAAGGAGAAGGCGUUUAUUAGCGGCCAUAACCCAUCGAUCUCGACUCAAGGAGGUACGAAAGAGGCUAGGUGGGAAUAGUGAGUUUCAUUCCUACUUCCUCGUAGUAAUAUCGACUACGAGAUGAAGUUAUCAUCAAAGAAGUUUUUUUUUUAUCAUAAUCUGUUUGGAUUAUCAUCUAUUCCGAGAGAAAUCACACCUCUUGCAGAGUGCGUAAUCAUCACCGUUCAUGGUUAUAACUACACAACCUUCACAAAUAAAGUAGUUUCAUCACCUUGAAACAUUGCCGCAGAUAACCAGAGUUGUUACAUGGUUUUACGGGAAAAUAAGGAGUAUCGAUCCAACUCUUCUUAAUAAUGAUAACAACCUGAUACAACAACCGGCUUGCAAUGGGAUAUGUGUUUUUCUACAGAGUAUCAUUAUCGAAUCUUAAAGCAGUCAUACUUGUUUUUUUAAUAAAUAUGUUCAUCAUCGCUCUUGUCUGAAGUACUCCUAAAGCGAAAAACCUGAUUUUUUAAAAUUCAUCUCUAAUAUGGAAGGCAUUUAUAACUUUCUAAUCUGAAAGGAAAACGUUUAUUUAACCCUUUUGGUGUCAUUGCUUCAAUCUGAACAGACUCUACAUUUUGAUCAUACAGAACUAUACGUGUAUUUGAAGUGCAAGAAGUUCAUUGUGUAAAGUAUCUGUUUAACGAAAACAAUGACUAAUUGGACGCCAUGUCGCUGUAAUAAAUCAACAAGUGUUUUUUAGGAGUGGUCUACGAACACACGCAUGGUAUCAAAAUGGCGGCAGCGGAAGGAUACGCACUGCCCUACGUCAUCAGCAUUUCGCUGAUCCUCGUUGUAGAGAUGGUAGCUGGAUUUCUGAGUAAUAUGCUGGUAUUAUUAAGCUACCAUGUCAAUAAGCAGUUCCAGCAGAAUGCCAGUGAUUUGAUUAUCACAAAUAUGAACCUCGUUGACCUUGUGAUAUGCGUUGUGUCUAUUCCGCUUACACUCAUUGUGAUCAUACGUGCAUGGAAUAAUCCAUUUGUUUGCUACAUUCAUGAGGCGACGAUUAGUUUCGCGAGUGUCGCUUCUGCCAUGAACGUACUCGUGAUUUCGCUGGACCGUCAUGAUAAGAUUACAAACCCAAUCAAAAGACGUAUAUCAGUUCGGAAUGUGAAGUGGAUCAUAGGAGUGACCUGGGUCAUGUCACUGAUAGGCUUUGUCACGCCGUUUGUCGGAAUUCGAGGCGAUUUCAUGGUUACUUUUAAAGAUGGAAAUACAACAAGACCAGCUCUCUGUUAUGAGUGGUUUCAGGUCACAAGGUCUAAUAACUAUUAUGAAUUGUAUCACGUUCCAAUAUUCUUUCUUGCAUCUGCAGUCAUGAUGUACGCUUAUUAUUCUAUCAUUCGAGUGACUCGAGUCAAGACUAUUCAUAACGCAUUAGUGAGAGCAACCACAGUGCCCUUUCACAUGCGCGCAGAUCAGCAAGGGAAUAAUAGUAAGCAGAUUGAACGGGAAAAUACGCCUUCGUCUGCGCAUCGUGAUCCCGAGAAACGCGUAUCCCGCACGACGACGAUUAUUUUGUCAACAUUUAUAAUUUGUUGGGGGCCUCACACCGCUAUAAGUAUUGUGAUUUUAGUGAAAGGCAGGACAGAGCUAUAUGAUUUACUUGAAUGGUGGUUUGCCGCCCUAGCAUACACCACUAUUCUUAUGCAUCCAAUCCUUUAUGUGUUCAUGCGUAGAAACUUUCGUCGCGCUUUCGCUAACAGUUGCCUUGCACGGUUGCUAUGUAGAAAUCGCGUUGCACCGGGCUUUACGCCCACACCUAGCAACCAGCGGAACGGCAAGGCGUUAGCUAACAAGAAACAGCGACAACUGGGUCCAAGACACACUCCUCAAGAUCCUCAAAAGUCGCUUGGAACUGGACUACCUCCAGGAGAAGAAGGACAUAAGCAAGACUCUCAGAUGGCUAAGGAUUCAAAGAAAACAAGAAGAUCAGUGCGACUGGAAGCUAAGAAGAGAAGGGGUGACAUCGACCCCCCUCCUUCUACUCUCUUUAUUACCCUCUCCAGUGCUCUUGAUCGUCCGACAACUACAGACAAUCUCCGAAACACAUUAAACAAACAGGAGAGUAUGGAUGAUGUCAAAGCACUGUAUGUAGCACAGGAGUCGCUUAACGUUCAAAAUAUGGAGUAAAUUCUAAGAAAAUGAAUGUAAAUUUUAAUGCUUAAAGUAUUGAAAUAUUAAGAUCUUUUCCCCCUUGUUGUACAUAACCAAGCAUCAUAUGGAUUGCGUUCAACGAACUCAUUUUUUGGAGUGAACUUUGAAAUUUAUUUCAUAAUUGUUGAAACCUUUUCCUUUCUCCACUGCACAUUAUUCAGCUAUGAUAAAUUUAGGGAAAAUGAAAAAUGCAAUAGACAAUCCAAUUCCAAAUGCUAAAUAUGUUUUCAAGGGCUAAUAUUUCUAAACGCGAGCUUAUUUUUAGGCCUGGUUUAAGUGGG